GCAACGAGGACGCGUAUCCCCGGCGACCAAAAAACAGUCGUGCGGGUUGUUGAAGCAAAACACGCACAGUAUGCGUUUAACAGUUUAUUAAACACAAAACAACAACAACAUUUUGAGGGUUUUUAGAGGGGACGGACAAACGACCGCCAUGGAGGAGGCUGAGGACAGCACUUUUGAAACCAUGGACAUAGACACCCAGGAGGUUUUAAAUGAGUUAUCAGGAGAUGAAAAAUUCGAGAAGUUUCGUGUGGAAUAUGAGAAGAUCGCCAAAGCUCUGCAGAAGUCCCACAUGAAUGAAAAGAGACUGAUGGCCAAAUGCAGGGAGCUGAAUGCAGAGAUAGUGUCCAACUCUGUCAAAUUAUCCACAGCCACGAAACUAGCUGAUGAAGAUCAAGCCACAAUCAGCACCCUUAAAAUGGAAAUUGACAAGGCCUGGAAAAUGGUUGAAGCUUCACAUGAAAAGGAGUUGCAGGCAAAAGAAACAAUCCAGAAACUAAAGGAGGACAUAACCAGUCUCAACAUGCUAGUUGAAAAAGGAUCUGAAGUCUUCAAGGGCCAAGAAUACAGCAUGGGUGAUCUGUUAAAGAUCAAAGAGGAGCUGACCAGUCAGAGAGACAAGCUGCUGUCAGAGGUGGUGACACUCCGGGAGAACCUCACUAAAGCCACUGAGGCUCAGCAGGAGAUAGAGGCUGAGAAGAACAAAGCCAUGGAACUGAUUGCUCAGCUCCAGCAGGACAUCCAGGUGCGUCAGAAUGAGGUUCAACGGGAGACCAGGAGGAAGGAGAAGUUGGAAAAGGAAGUGAAGCAGCUUCAAACUGACCUGGAGUCCAAACAAUCAGAGAUUAAAUCACUCACUCAGCAGAGCCAGCGUCUGCAAGAUGAUCAGCAGAAACUGGAACAACAGCUCCAGGAACACAAAACUAUAAAUGAGAAAACCAGUAAAGAAAUGGAACAACUCCAACAUCGCAACACUAAACUCCAGCAGGAUAAUGAACAAAACUCCAUCAGCCUAGAGCAACUCUCCCAACAGAACCAACAGCGAGCCUCAGACCUGAAGAUGAAAGAAGAGGAAGUAACCCAGCUGAAACAGGAGAUCGCUAAGCUUACAAAAAUGAGAGAGGGGGUGCAGAGGAGACUCAGACAGAUGCAGGAGCAGAAAGUGGAGGUGGAGAACCAAAGAGAAACACUCCGGAAUCAGAUCAUUGGACUGGAGAGAGAAAUGGAGGCCUCAAAAAAUCAGAUGGAAACGGACAAGAAGGCUAUAGAUGAACUGGUGCGGGAGAAGGCCAUCCUGAAUAAGAAUAUGAUCAAGGCGGCGAAUGAAACAGACAAACAGCAGACCAUUGUUAAGCUACAGGAACAGUCAAAGAAGACGCUGGAACAGGAGAUUUUAAACUACAGGGAUGAAGCCCAGAAACAGCGAAAGAUCAUCUACCAGCUGGAGAAAGAGAGGGAUCGCUACAUAAAUGAGGCCAGCGAGCUCACCAAGAAGGUUCUUGGGAAUAUGGAGGACAUUAAACUGAAGGAGAUGCAAAUAUUUGAGUAUAAGAAGAAAAUCGCAGAAGCUGAAACAAAACUGAAGCACAAACAGGAUCUCUAUGAGGAUGUCAGGACUGAGAGGGACCUCUUCAGCAAGAACCUGAUCGAGGCCAAGGAUGUGAAUGCUGAGAUGAAACGCAAGGUGAAGAACAUGAACCUCGAAUUUGAAAACCUGAAAGAUGAUAUCUCCGUGAAAGAGGUGGCUUUAGACAAGGAGCGCCAGGAGAUCCAGCGCAUAGAGAGAGAGAGGGAAAAUCUCAAGGUUGAGCUACAGAAGAUGAGGCAACAGGCUCAAGAGACAAAACAGUUCAUUGAGAAACAGGAGGCAGAGGAAUGCAAGCUGCUGAAGAUCAUAGCAGAGACUGAUGCUGAGAGGAUCCGGCAGAAAAGAGAGCUCGAUCAGGUGAUAAGCGAGCGUGACCUCCUGGGGACGCAGUUGGUGAAGAGAAACGAUGCGCUGAAACUACUAUACGAAAAGAUCAAAAUUCAACAGUCCAUCAUGAACAAGGGCGAUCUUCAUUACAACGAAAGAGUGGAGGAUAUCAGACUCCUGAAGCUAGAGAUCAAGAAGCAAAAACGAGAAAAGACCGUCCUCAACAAGACCGUCUCAAAUGUGGAAGACCUCAGACAGGAAGUGUUACAUAUGCAGAGGGAGCUGCAGAGAGAGAGGACAAGAUGUCGUGCUCUAGAAGAUGAGCUCAACAAUCCCUUGAAUGUACACCGCUGGAGAAAACUAGAGUCAACUGAUCCAAGCACCUUCGAAUUGAUUCAGAAGAUUCAUUCUCUGCAACGGAGGCUGAUAGCUAAGACUCAGGAGGUUGUGGAGAAAGAGCUUCAGCUACAGGAAAAAGAGAAACUUUAUGUUGAGCUGAAACACAUCCUUGCUCGGCAGCCCGGUCCGGAGGCAGCAGAAAAACUGCAGGUUUAUCAGCGAACUCUCCGGGAGAAGACCAAACAGCUGAAGGCCCUAACAGCUGAGCUCAACAUGCACGAGUCCCAGUCAGAAGACUAUAAGUAUGAAAUCGAACGUCUGGCACAUGAACUCCAGGAAGUCAAGAAAAAAUACCUCGCACAGAAACGGAAAGACCAGGAGUACAGGGAGAAGGAGCGAAGUCUCGCCGCGGCUGGACAGCCUGUGAUUCAGCCUCAGCGUCCGGACGGCCCCAGAUUCACUGGAGGGGGCUUCAGUUUUAAGCAGCACAACAGGAUGACACUUCAAGCCCUGGAACAGCAGUCCUGAUGCCCACCAGAAUCCUCAGAGGACCCUCUUCACCCAUCAUCGCCUCUUGAUAGAAGGUGUUUUCUCGUAUUUAUUCAGCUCUAUUGGUGCUGGCCAGCUACUCAGUCAGCUGCUGUAAGCAAUGCGCUUCUGGAAUAAAAUAAAGUCUGUUAUUUUCACUGAAAA